UGUAUAUUUUGGAAUAUAUUUCAAAUUAUAUUUGAAAAUAUAUUUUUUGCCAUAUGGGCUGGGGUGGUACCUUUAAAAAAUGUACAUUUGUACCUAAAGGGUGCAUAUUAGUACCACAAAGGCACAAAUUGGUACCAAAUGUUUCCAUAUCUGUACCAAAAUUGUACAUAUUAUGUGACCUUUUUUAAGGGUACUGCCCCAGUGACAGCUUUUGUACCUUAUUUUCAGCAGUGUAGAAGAAAAUAAAGUAUUAUUGCAAAUUGUUCUCAUAAAUAGAUUGUACUCUAGUAAAACAUUUAAAUACUUUUUCUGAGACUAUAGGACAUUUAGUAAAUAGAAAUGAGCCUUAAAAAAAGAAAAUUAUAAACAAGAAGAGUGUAACAUUUGAAUUGUGCAUUACAUUAGUAAUGUAGCAUUACAUAGCCUACUAAACAGGUAAAAUAGUGAUGUAUUCUAGUGCACAAUAAAUUUGUGUAUUGAAUUGCAUAGUUAUGUACAUAAAAUAACUUAUAUCAAUUUAUUCUGUAUUCACACUUCACUGUCAUAAAAGCAAUAAAGAACAUGCUUUUGACCUGAGUGAUAUUUUAUCAUUGGCUCCAUCUAGUGGUGUGGAAUGAUCAUAUAUUUCGCAAGCUCUAUUUUGUAAGACUCUGAGGAAAACCUAACACAGGUUUCUCAAAGGUAAAGCUCUUUAAAUAUCUACUAAGCUGUCGAAAACCACUUUGCAUUUUAAAACAACAAAAUCCAAUCAAGUGACAUUGUACCACAAACACAACCACAGUAAGCGUUUCACAAAAACGACAGAAAUAUGACAAAAUGACAGAUUUCAAAUGACAAAACAAUACAUAUAACAUUCAAAAACAAAGUCAAUGUUUGCAAAUUAAACUUAAGUUACUAUUUUUUAUUUACUAUUUAUAUAUUUUAAUAUAAAUGUUUUAAGCAUGACAAAAGUCUCAUGUAAAUAAUUUGGACGCCAUUGAAUUCAUAUCCAACUCUGUUUUCUGAGAUACUUAUACGCCCAUGCAAACUUUUCUGAAUCACACAAUACCCUAAAGCCACUCACUAUUUGUUCAGUUAUUAUGGUUCAAAACUACUGGUUUUGCAUAUAAGGAGAGAAAAAGAGGUGUGGUAGGGGGCUCCUUCACAAAAGUAAGUUCUCACACCUGGGUGUGCACGAGAGAAAGUACUGUUUUACAAGCCCCUCCCAAACAGUAACUAGCCCCCAUUUUAACCCUCCACACGAAAACAGCUCUGCUCAAUAGGUCACGACCGUGAGAAAGAAAGGACAGAAAAUAGGAGAACUGGAUGAUUUAUUCAGCCGUUAAGCUCACAUGUCUCCAGUUUGGAUAGCAAGAAUAUGCUUGGUUCUGCUGGUUUGCAGGAUUGUGGCAUCAAGCACCAGGUCUAAGCGAAGGAAGCGCGAGUGGAUUCUUCCACCAACAAAACUGUUUGAAAAUGUUGACUACAGAAAAGAGGAGUUUGUGGCAAAAAUCCGGUCUGACAAAGAUCUUCACGCGCGGCAGCUGGAGUACAAACUUACAGGACAUGGUGCUGACAAGCCACCCUACAAUUUGUUUGUUAUCAAUCCUGAGACUGGCUUUGUUCGACUCACUGGCUUGCUAGACAGAGAGAAAACAGAUUUAUACAAUCUGACGGGCACAGCAACGUUUCAUAAUGGAACAAUAGCAGAGGACAAAAUUGAGCUGAAGAUUAAAGUUGAGGAUCAGAAUGACAAUCCACCAAUAUUCAGAUUACAAAAGGGCUCUGUAAAGGAAAGCAGCAAGAUUGGAACGCCUGUCAUGCAGAUAAAAGCAUUUGAUGCAGAUGAGCCAGGCACUAUCAAUUCCAAAAUAGCAUACAGUAUAGUACAACAAACACCUGCCGAAUCUGGUUUCUUGUUCACCAUUGACAAAGAAACUGGAAAAGUCUACGUGAAGGAAAAAACCUUGGAUCGAGAGAGACAUGACAGCUAUACGUUAGUAGUUCAAGGAGUUGAUAUGAAUGGCCUACCAUCUGGCAACACAGGAACCGGCACAGUUCAAAUUCAGGUUUUGGACAUAAAUGACAACGUCCCCACUCUUGAGAAAGACGCGUAUUCAGGCAGUGUGGAUGAGGGUGUGGUUGAUGUGGUCGUCAUGAGAAUAAAAGCGCUUGACAAAGAUCUGGAAUUCACUGAUAAUUGGCUGGCGGUUUUCGAUAUUCAAAAAGGAAAUGAAGACAAUAUUUUCACUAUUGAAACAGACCCUAAAACGAAUGAAGGGAUUCUCAAACUUGUCAAGCCUGUUGAUUUCGAAAAGAUGAAAGAAUUGGACCUCAAUUUAGUUAUUUCUAAUGUAGCUCCUUUUAUAAACGGAAGUGCUUUGGAGCUCGAUGUUAAUCUGGACAAAGAUGGAGUGGGGGCUGGAGCAGGCACAGGGAUUGGAGCUGGGUUGGGUUUAGGAGUAGGAGCAGGUGUAGGUGUAGGGCUGGGGUUAGGUGUAGGGGCUGGAGUAGAUGCUGGACUGGAUCUGGGUGCUGGACUGGAUCUGGGUGCUGGACUGGAUCUGGGUGCUGGACUGGAUCUGGGUGCUGGAGUGGAUCUGGGUGCUGGAGUGGAUCUGGGUGCUGGAGCGGAUCUGGGUGCUGGAGUAGAUGCAGGUGGUGGUAUCGGGAUUAAACCUGAUACUGGGCUCAAACCUGGAAUUAAGCCUGGAACCAAGCCUGGUGUCCAGCCAGGCGUUAAACCUGGGUCAAAACCUGGCUCCAAACCUGAAUCGGGUGGGAAAGGUUAUCCAGUUAAGAUUGCGGUCAACAACGUACCCGAUGGCCCUGUCUUCUCACCUUCUGUGAAAGACUUCCCUGUGUCAGAGGAUCCAGAAAAUAAUGAUAUUCCAAAAGUGCUGGGAACAUAUGCUGCUUUGGAUGGUGACACAGGAGAGCCAGCUGACAAUGUAAGGUAUGCUAAAGGCCAUGAUCCGGAUAACUGGAUAACUGUCGAUGAGGCAACAGCUGAGAUUAAACUGACAAAAAUUCCUGAUCGAGAGUCCAAGUUAUUGGUCAAUGGAACAUAUCUUGCAAAAAUUCUCUGCAUGACUCAAGAUGUGCCACCUAAAACCGCUACUGGGACAAUAGCUUUAAAGGUGGAGGACACAAAUGAUCACUGUCCUACAUUGACCAGCACCUAUGAGCAAGUUUGUGAUAAUAAUAAAGUGGUGAAUGUGACUGCUUUCGAUGAGGAUGUUUAUCCCAAUGCUGCACCUUACGAGUUUGUUCUAAUAGAAGAAGAGACUGUGGGGAAGUGGGAGAUGGUGCCUAUAAAUGAGACAUCAGUGAGAUUUCACACAAGCGAGUCUCUGUGGCCAGGCAUCUAUACAUUGACAGUUAAGAUCUCUGAUGUUAAGGGUCUUGCCUGUGAAGACAUCCAAAAGUUUGAGGUAGAAGUGUGCAGCUGUGAGAAAACAGGCUCCUGUGCACCAAGAUCAGCUUUACAGCAUGGAUCUUCAGUCAGAAUAGGAGCACCAGCAAUUGGAUUGUUCCUAAUUGGUGCAUGUUUACUCCUACUGGUUCCUUUGCUCGUGAUCUUCUGCCAGUGUGGGUCAAGUGAAUUUGCAGAAUUUGCAGAAUUGCCCUUUGAAGCUAAAGAAUAUCUCAUCGUAUAUCACACUGAAGGCAAGGGAGAAGACAAGGAGGUUCCACUUCUCAGCAGUCCUGUAGCUAAAGCAGAUCCAAACCGAUUGCUUCAAGAUAUGAAGAAAUUCCCCAAAGUAGGCUCCAUGCCCGUUUAUGCAAGUUUCGCUUAUGACAGUCAAACAUUCCACCAGGAAAUCAAUGGAGGGUUUACAGAAAUUGAUAGCAGAUUUCCGUAUCGCCAAAACACCGUCGCCAGUCAACGCAACAGUGGUAUCUACUCAACAUUAAUCACACAUGAACAACAUGACAUUUAUGAGGAUAUGGCAGUGGGAGAUGAUUUCCUGUGUGAAUACUUUUCUCAGAAAGCAAGAUGUGUUGCAGAGAACCUUCAUCUGAAGGAAGAUCCUCACAUGUAUGAGUAUGAGGGCAAAGGCUCACUUGCCGGCUCUACUGGUCAUUUAAGCCUUUCUGAUUCUGAUGAUGACCUGGAGUUCCUCAACGACCUGAAUUCAAAGUUCCUAACACUAGCAGAGAUAUGUAUUCCUCCAAAGCCAUCUGUACCUCCCCCUAAAAUUGAGCAAGUGGUCAAAUCUGUACAAAGCAGCCACACAAGCCAGAGCUCUGUUUCCAGUAGCGCUCUCCAAGUAACCAAAUCUUCAGAACAGGUACAACAAACCUCUAUUACCAAGGUUGAGGAGACAGUCAACAAAUCAGCCACACUUCCAAUGGCCACAACAAGUCAGACUGUUCUGGUGCAACAACAGCCUCUAUACUACAUAGUGGAGCAGCAAAUACCAAACACCUUCCUCAUUGCCGAGAAUCCAACGCAGGGCAUGUAUGUAAUAAAUGGGAACGCCGGCGCAGAAGGUUUGAUACUUCAAGGACCAAACAUUUCACAGGCAACUCUGAGUAGAGGACAGCAGGCAAUGUAUUUGAUAGAUGGAGCUCAUAGUCAGAUGCAAACAGAUUUGCAGGGACAGGAAACAGUGUUAGGAUUUAGCCCUGUCUCACCUCCCGAAGGUGCAGCUGAAGGUAUAAUGCUAAUGCAGAGCCAGAUCAGCACAGGGACACCAAUGCAAGGACAGGUGGGAGGGACGCCAUUGUUGUUUUCUGAUCUUACAGGAACUCUCAAAAAACAGGAGAAGAUGCUAUCUGAACCGUUGGUUAAUGUAGAGAAAGCUGAACCCAAAGUACAAGAAACCGUAUUAAAGAAUCCAGGUAGACAGGGUAAAAACAGGGUGCAAAACUAAACUUUUGGGUCACUACAUGCUAUAAUUCUUUUAUCUUUGUGACCCCUUCUGUGAAAUGCAGGCUAAAGUCAUAAUCUUAUUUUAAGAUUUGGAUCAUCAAGAGUCUGAUUUUAAUCUUUGACAUGAUCUCAGUCAAUAUUAAAGAUAUCAACGUUACCUUGUAAAAUAAGUACGAAUUGCCAUGAGAUAGUGUUGGAUAUUUCUGUAGGUAGCAUAAAAAGGUCAUGGGUUCGAUCCAAAAAAGGCACAUACUGAUAAAACAUGUAUUCCUUAAAUGCAUUAUAAGUCGCUUUGGAUAAAAGUUUCUGUCAAAUGCAUAUACUGUAGUAAAUGUAAAUACACUGCCAGUAAAGAAGUACAAACAGUAAAAAAAAAUUCCUACGGUUGCGUUUUGUACCUUAUGCUAACCAUAAUACAAUUCUGGGCCCGGUUCCCCGAUAACGCUCACUCUUAGCGUGCUAAGAAGACUCAAAAAGAUAUAUCUUACCAAAGUUGUUUAUGUUCCUAAGUGUGUUCCCCGAAGCGUCCCUUAGGAAGCUUCUUAACACGCUGCCUCUAAAUUCGACGUAACAAUGGCGCUGUCUCAAGUGAAGGUGCUGAAUUAUUUGCGAUCGAUCGGUCAGGGAACGAUUUUGCACUUUACGCGAAGGUGCAUUGCGGCAUUAAGAAAGACAACACGUUCUGUACAAAUGGAACAUUACUUAAAUUAUUCCAGUAACAUUUAUUUUAACAUAGUUUAAGGUAUCCGUAAAAUAUAGACUAUUAAUUAAAUUAUCAAAUUGUCAGUAAUACGGGUAGACGAACCCGGUAUCCCUCGCUAAUCAUCCACCCUCCUUAUCCCGUUCUGCCACUUGUGCCGCGUCUUGACAUGGGUUUAACCACUUCUAAAAUUUAUGUAAUACACUUUUAUACUAAUGUUAAGGUACUUUAAAAUCAGAAUUGAUUGGCAAGCAGCUGCAGUUACUUCUGUUUAAUGCGGUAUUGCUUGCCAUUGGUUAAUGUUUUCAAUAAAAAGCAAUCUAUCUACAAUGAACAGAGAGAGAUAGUUACAGUAGAUACAGAAUAUGUUCUGAGAAGGUCCAUCAGCUCCAUAAUGAGUUGUCUUGGGAGGCAAAAUUUUUCUAAUAUAGCCACGUCAGGCAAUAUGUCAAAAGGGUUUAAAGGACAAGUUCGGUAUUUUACACUUAAAGCCCUGUUUUCAGAUUGUUUAUGAUGAAAUAGAACGGUUUUG